AUUAUGCCUCUGGCAUGACCAUCAAGAAAAUAGGCCACAGAAGUGUUGAUUCCUCAGGAGAGACAACAUAUAAAAAGACAACCUCAUCAGCCUUGAAAGGUGCCAUCCAGUUAGGCAUUACUCACACUGUGGGGAGCCUGAGUACCAAACCAGAGCGGGAUGUCCUCAUGCAAGACUUCUAUGUGGUAGAGAGUAUCUUCUUCCCCAGUGAAGGGAGCAACCUGACCCCUGCUCAUCACUACAACGACUUCCGUUUCAAGACCUAUGCACCUGUUGCCUUCCGUUACUUUCGGGAACUAUUUGGCAUCCGGCCUGAUGAUUAUUUGUGCUCCCUUUGCAGUGAGCCACUGAUUGAACUCUGCAGCUCUGGAGCUAGUGGUUCCCUCUUCUAUGUGUCCAGUGAUGACGAAUUCAUCAUUAAGACAGUCCAGCAUAAAGAGGCAGAAUUUCUGCAGAAACUUCUUCCAGGAUACUACAUGAACCUCAACCAGAACCCUCGGACUUUGCUGCCUAAAUUCUAUGGACUUUACUGUGUGCAGGCGGGUGGCAAGAACAUUCGAAUUGUGGUGAUGAACAAUCUCUUACCACGGUCAGUCAAAAUGCAUAUCAAAUAUGACCUUAAGGGCUCAACCUACAAACGGCGGGCUUCCCAAAAAGAGCGAGAGAAGCUUCUCCCAACCUUUAAAGACCUGGACUUUUUACAAGACAUCCCUGAUGGUCUUUUUUUGGAUGCCGACAUGUACAAUGCUCUGUGUAAGACCCUGCAGCGUGACUGUUUGGUGCUGCAGAGCUUCAAGAUAAUGGACUAUAGCCUCUUGAUGUCAAUCCACAACAUAGAUCAUGCACAACGUGAGCCCUUAAGCAGUGAAACACAAUACUCAGUUGAUACUCGCAGACCAGCCCCCCAAAAGGCUCUCUAUUCCACAGCCAUGGAAUCCAUUCAGGGCGAGGCUCGAAGGGGUGGCACCAUGGAGACUGAUGACCAUAUGGGUGGCAUUCCUGCCCGGAAUAGUAAAGGGGAAAGGCUCCUGCUUUAUAUUGGCAUCAUUGAUAUUCUGCAGUCCUACAGGUUUGUUAAGAAGUUGGAACACUCUUGGAAAGCACUGGUACAUGAUGGGGAUACCGUGUCAGUGCAUCGCCCAGGCUUCUAUGCUGAACGGUUCCAGCGCUUCAUGUGCAACACAGUGUUCAAGAAGAUCCCCUUUCAACCUUGGAAAAGCUUGAAGUUGCAGAGUCAGAGUUCACCCAUUGAGCAAAAAGCCUCAGAAGACCUGGAACAAGAUUCUGCUGUCUCUGUGAUUCCAAGAUGUCAGCCCUUGCCCCAGCAAUGCUGAGUUUUCUUCUUCUGGGUCAUCAAAAAAGGAAUGUAGCAGAGGUGAAGGGAGCUUUCCAUCUCCUUCCUGAAACAGAACCUCUUCUCCUUUUCCUUCUUCUUGAAUGGGCAUCAGUGUCUCAGACAACUGAGGACAGCAGCAUCCCCUCCACUGCAGAGUUGGGUGGCACGAAUUUUUAAUUAGUCAUCCUUGGCUCCCACAAUUGAAUUUUUUUCAACCCCCCAUUCUUCGUGCUGGAAGUAAGGUUGCUGGACUUUGUGGUUUUCUUCAUUCUUAUCUACCUUUCACCUGGAGCUGGACUCUUAAUUUCCUCAGGACAGACUGGCUGGCACAUUAUCCCCACCUUAGCUCUUUCUCUCUGGUCCCUGGAAGAAGAAUCCUGUAAUCUUUGUAAAGGUUUUUGGGGGAGUAGGGGUGGUUAACCACCUCCCAGCCUUCUUUUUUCCCCUUAAAAAAUGAAAAGAACAGACGUCACACAGCACACAAUUUCAAGCCAAUUUCAGAUCAAAGCUUCAGAAGUGUGGAAGAGAUGACUAUUCAUAGAGUUCCCUCAGAAGAACCCUGGUGUUUGUGAAGCAGAACUGUGGAGAUUGCUCUGCCAGGAGCAGCUCCUCUUUAACUCCUCCUUUCUUGAUGAAUUUGCCAAGGCUGAAGGAAUGGAGAGAGUGGGACAUGGGAUAAUCUUUACUCCUUUUGUUAUAACAGUGGGACAGCCAUGGGGCAAGGAGAUUAGAGCUCUUCCUGGGCAGGACUCUACUCACAACCAGGCCAUAAUGGUUACUACUAUUUUGCAAUUUGAAAUGUAUUCUGGUUGUUUUUUUAAAUGUGAAGACUUAUCAAAUGAAUUUUAGAUCAUUUCCAAAUGAGAUUUCUUCUUUGCUCUUCCCAUCUUUUCCAACAGUGUUCUGCUGUUUGUAGAGCUAAGGUGGAGAGAGGGACACCUGUGUCUAACAGGCAGUCCGUAUCUAUGAAGCUAUGAGUUUAAGACAAUAUUAAGCUCAUGCGAAGCCAGCAGAUUCUUGCCUUGGUGAGGUCAUUGCUGUGCCACCUGCCUUGCCUGCUGUCUUCAUGUGGGGGAUUUGGAAAUGGGGGCUACGUCAGCCCUCUCCUCCUCAUCUCCAAGACUUGUGGUUCUCCAUCUGAACCUUCUGCUCUUGUUAGGGGAAGAAGGGGGCAGGGUCCUGGUGUCCCAGGCAGAUUGUUGAAUUCCCAUACUAUCCCUUCUCCAUCCCACCCUACCUUGGUAGUAGGUUAUCCCAUACCCUAAGUAACUGUCUAUAUUAGACACCCCCAGCCAGUUUCUGGCUGCCUGUCUUUGCUGCCAUUUUCUUUUUUACGAGAAGGAAAGAAACAAUUCUUGCUAUUUUUUUUUCAUAAUUUACUAUUUAUGAUGUAUUUAAGUGUAUUAUUCAGGACAGUGUUCUGUAAGGGGUGGGAGGGAAUAUUUAAGGGAGGGCUGGGUCUUAGGGAAAGGAAUGGGGAAUGAACAUUUUUAUGAAGUGUCACUAUUUGCCUCUACUUUGUAUUGUUCAGAAAUGGCAAAUGCAAUAUAAAAGUGAUAAAUAUCUGGUU